GAUCGGAUGAUAAUAAUAAUUUCAAUAAUUGAUUUAACAAUACCGUUAGUCCAGGUAAUCGCUGACAGUAGUGACAGACGCUCACCAGACGCGCACCCCUGUACUAGAGCUAAAGCGUUUUGAGCUCGUUCUGAGUAGUGUUCUGUUGGAUGAAACGUCGCCCUCGAUUCAGUAAUAGUCCACGGUAUACCAUACAGAUUUACCAUGCAAAAACUAUAGGAAGGAUGUGGUUUUUUGUUUGCAUGGCUGGGGAAUUUAUUAAGUCAUGUACAGGUUACUUAUCACGAAACCCAGUAACUCCUGCUACGCCUAUGGGUGGGUGGGGUUAACAAGAACUCAACAAAAGCAGUUUGUUCUAUUUUGUCUUAUAUUUGGAAAUGUUAACACUACAUGGAUUUAAUGAAAUUUAAAUGAAAUUGUGAUUUCACUAAUACCAUGCAUGAGCCGACCACGAUUCAGACCAGCCUGGCGGCCACCAACUUGACCACUGGAUCAACACCUGAACCGUCCUGUGUCCUGAACUAUGAAAACGACCGUGUGCCCUUAGUGGUGCUUUACAGUGUGGUGCUGGUUAUCGGGGUGCCCGCAAAUAUUGUUACAGUCUACCUGACCUUUUUACAGGUGCUUCGCAAGAACGUCCUGGGCAUCUACCUGCUAAGCCUGUCCAUGUGCGACCUCAUGUACCUCUGCACUCUGCCCAUGUGGGCCGACUAUGUGAACACAGCCCACAGGUGGCGCUGGAGCCCCAUGGCCUGCAAGGUGACGGGCUACUUUUUCUUCAACAACAUGUACAUCAGUAUUCUCCUGUUGUGCUGCAUCUCCAGCGACCGAUACGUGGCCGUGGUCUACGCCUUGGAGUCGCGCGGCGUUCGACGGCAGAAGCUGGCGGUCGGGGUUACCUUGACCAUCGUGUUGGUGGUGUUUUUGGGCCACACGCCGGUUUUUACCAUGCCGGAGGGCGACGUGCAAGAGGGCCGUUGCUUCGAGCCGGGCCAGAGCACACCCACUGUGACGGGUUUCAACUAUGCCCGCUUUCUCAUCGGCUUCUUUGUACCGCUGGUCAUACUGGUAGUUACAAAUCGUGGCAUCCUGGUCAAUGUGCAGGCCAGCACUGGGCUCCGUCCGUGUCAGAAGAAGCGGGUCCGCUACUUGGCGUACGGCGUUGUUUUCCUCUUCCUGGGGUGCUUCGCACCAUACCACUUGAUACUUCUGGUACGUGCGGUCACCUUCCACAUCCCAAAACUGCAGAAGACCUGUCACUUUGAGCAAAGCAUUUACACCCCUUACACAAUCUCCCUUGGCCUGUCCACGUUCAACAGUGCCAUUAACCCCAUCCUCUACGUGCUCUCCAGUGACAACAUCCGCAAGGAACUGCGUCGCGCCUUUACAAGAAUCCGGUGGUUGACAACUCUCCAGCCACGUUCCACUGACAGCAGCCAGCACAGGAUGCACAACUCCAAGAAUUCCUCAGAGGUGGUUGUCGCCGCACGAGAGGUGGAGAAGCAGGUCUGUUAAUGGAAGAGGAGGGGCGGGGUUUUGACGUACAUUAUGUAUGCUAAACCUAGGAGAGUUGGAGGGAUAUGCAGAUCUGACUGCUGAAGUAAACCAGUGAUAGAGACCUUGCAGGUCCUAUGGAAAAAUGAACUGCCUCAUCAUUGAGCCAGGUGGAAACACAAACAUAGCAAGAGCCAGAAACUGACAGAGGAACUGAGAUUAGUCAAAUCCAUCUUCAGCCAUGCAUUAAGAUCCUUGUGGCCUCGUGUUCCUUUUGUAGGUUUGUCAAUAUUUUGUGUGUUGCCAAAUUCAGCAUUUGUGGAAGUUAACAGGUCUGCUGCUACUGUAGGAGUUAACUAAUUUUUAUGAAGAUUUUCCAUGAAAGAAAAGUAUUUGUUAAAGAAAUUGCGUAUAAGCUAAUCCUGUCCUAAAACUUUUUAAAAUUCCUGUAAAAAAGAUUUUGAAUGAAGAUUAAGGACCUGUAACUUCCUUGUUGAGGAGAUUGCCGAGGGAAUCAAGGAAACCUGACAAACACGAAAUUCAACAAAAUAAAAUGAUUAAUAUAAAAAAUAUUGUAAAAUAAUCGCUGCCUCCCUGCCUCAUAAUAAUGUGCUGGUUGACAAACUAUACUUUAAUUGCGGGAUGAAGCUUGCUGAUGGUAUUGGACUUAAAAUGCAUAAUAUCUGCUUAAAUGAUUAAAUAAAUGAUUAAAUAAACUACUGAUCUUAGUGAAAGGACAUUUUGUGAAAUAAUUACACAAAUAGAUAGAUUUUAGAGUAGAUGCAUAGAGCACACGCAUGUUCAUACACUGUAAUAUUUUAUUUUGAAAACAACAAAAAGUGUUUUGUAACAUAAAAUUGUAUAUAAGUGAAGAUAUAAUCUUCAUAUAACCUUUUUAUGUAAGGUCGAUUUUUUGUAU